CCGUGCGCUAUUAACCCUUUUAGACGUGGCGAUCAACUUUAAACUGAAAGUAAACUGCUCCCAGCUAGCUCAGUGGGCUGUUCAGGAUCGAGCGCUCAAAACAGCUGGAGGACACAAGUAAAUUGUACUGAUUAGACCGAAAAAUUUACUGCGUAGAAACCGAAGCCCCCAAAAGUUACAAAAUUGUUGCAUUUUUUUUUCCGUUUCGCUGUAGAUUUUUGGGUUAAAUGGCGUCAUUACAAAGUAGAAUUGGUGGCGCAAAAAAUAAGCCAAUAUAUGGCUUUUUUUACAUGCAAAAUUGAAAGAAUUAUGAUUUUUUUUUUAAAGGUAAAGAGGAAUAAACGAAAGUGGAGUCCUUAAGGGGUUAAGGGAUAUAUACAUUAGCGUUUCAUAAUUCUUGGAAGUACAGUUAACCCAUUUGGUUUUAAGCAGUUUAAUUCAUAUCCAUUUUAGCUCUCUAGUUUGCAAAAGGAUAACCCUAUCCCCACCUCUUUUCAGAGGGAUGUGAUCCACGAUCAUGCAUUUCAGGUCUGUCUCAUGUCCUGCUUCCAUGAAAUGCUUGGAAACCGUGAAAACACAGCAUUUCUUUGUUAUUGAAUAUCUGUGUUUGAUUUAAUCUCGUCCUUAGGUCACAUUUGGUUUCUCCUACGCAGAUAAGAUUGCAGGGGCACCACCAAUAAAUAUAAAAUAUAUACAAUAUGGUCAGAUAAAAAUGUAUGGGGUAUGUUUUUCGUGUAGCAGGAUGUGUGAAUACAUUCCCUUUCUGUAUAUGCUUGCAGCUUAUACAGCGUCUGCUUGGAGAACAGCCCUUGGCUUUAACAGAAAAGUACCUCUGUGAUUUACUGUUAUUACCUGAUACCUCUGCUUUAACCAAAUGGUCUUUUAGAUUUUGUGCCCUGUGGUAUGACAUCAGGGGCGGUGUUUGAAAUUCCAUAAAUGCCCAACACAUAUCACUUGAAUUCACUUGAGAAAGCCAGUGUGAGACAUUGCCUGUUCCACAUCAUGGAAUAAAUCUACCAUUUUGAUUUCAACCACGUGGUGUGGAGUGUGGAACCAAAGGACCGAGGUUCCAGAUAUGCAGGCAUCCCAACACUAUUAUCUGAUACUACUGGAUAUGCUGCUUCUAUUUGGACUAUAGAUAAGAAAUAUUAUUUUAAACCAUUAUGAUUCGACAGCCUCUAUUUCUAUUUUCAGGCCACAAGCACGUUUUUUCUCCAGAAAUAUAGCCAAGUGGGGUGGGUGACAAGACAUUUGUUCUGCCUCAGGUGGCAUUGACGUCGUGUGGGAAGCAGAGGGUCCCAGCCCUGUCUUGAAGGUCCCUGCAGGGUGGGGUACGCUGUGGUAACCAUGGAAGCCAUAGCAAAAUACGACUUUAAAGCGACAGCGGAUGAUGAACUAAGCUUCAAACGAGGAGACAUACUGAAGGUCUUGAAUGAAGAAUGUGACCAAAACUGGUACAAAGCUGAGCUCAACGGAAAAGAUGGAUUUAUUCCCAAAAACUACAUAGAAAUGAAACCACAUCCGUGGUUUUUUGGCAAAAUACCACGUGCAAAAGCAGAGGAGUUGCUUGGGAAACAGAGACAUGAUGGUGCCUUUUUGAUCCGAGAAAGUGAAAGCGCUCCAGGAGACUUCUCCCUUUCUGUCAAGUUUGGCAAUGAUGUUCAACAUUUCAAGGUCCUGCGAGAUGGUGCAGGAAAAUACUUCUUGUGGGUGGUAAAGUUUAACUCUCUGAAUGAGCUAGUAGACUACCAUCGGUCCACGUCUGUGUCUCGGAACCAGCAGAUCUUUUUGCGUGACAUCGAGCAGGUGCCACAGGUACACGGGGGAGACAGAGCCACAAGUUUACCACAGCAACCUACCUAUGUUCAGGCACUGUUUGACUUUGACCCCCAAGAAGAUGGGGAACUCGGAUUUCGACGGGGAGACUUCAUCCAAGUGGUAGACAACUCAGAUCCCAAUUGGUGGAAAGGGACAUGUCAUGGGCAGACUGGCAUGUUUCCACGCAACUAUGUGACACCUGUCAGCCGAAAUCUGUAACUAGAGUCUUCACUGGACCAGAGGCCAAGAAGGAGCACAGGCAGACUUAACUAGAAGGGAUUGACUAUGAUGCCAAUAGGAGCAUACAGAGUAAAAAAGAUUUAACAAAAUCAAACAACCAUGGUUGAUAACUAACAUACAAGACAACUACAUUCCUCGCCAUUGGACAAGCAGAUAAACCUAUUUUAGGUGUGUCCAGCUCUAACAUAAAGAUAAACAGAGGACUCUGAUUUCCACCAGCUUACAUGGGUGGUUAAAUUAAGGACAUGAUUAGACUGGUUCAGUGGGACCAAUAUGUUAGUUGCAGAAGGAGCCAUCUGUCAGAGCACCUGCAACCAGACUGUUGUUCCCUACCAUGCGGAUAGAAGGGGAUUUUUCCAACAAUGGAGUUCUUGGUCAAGCAUUUGGUUUGCAGAUUGAGAUUUGAAUGGCAAAGAAAAUGCAAUUUUAUUUAUCUGUUCUUGUUGUUUACUUUUAUGCAAAUAAAAAUGUUAUAAUUGC